UUAAUUGUAAAUUCUGAUAACAAAGAAACCAAGGGCAUUACUUUUCCCCCAUUGCUCUGAAGAACAAUCACUCAAAACAAGAACGGACGACGAUCUUGGAAUUUUGAAGAGGGAAAAAUCUCCGAAAAUGGCAGGCAGGCUGAGCAAUUUGGGUUCAAGGAUCCUUGGCGGAAACGGAGUUGUUGCUCGCUCAAUUGAUUCGUCUCUUCGACGUCGCUCCGGCAUGGGCCUUCCUGUUGGCAAACACAUCGUCCCCAAUAAACCCCUUCCUGUGAACGAUGAACUGGUAUGGGACAAUGGAACGCCUUUUCCCGAGCCUUGUAUUGAUCGUAUUGCUGAUACGGUUGGGAAGUACGAAGCCUUGGCUUGGUUAUGUGGGGGAUUGGGAUUUUUUGCAUCUCUGGGAUUUCUGGCUGUGUGGAACGACAAAGCGUCUAAGAUACCAUUUGCGCCGAAAGUAUAUCCAUAUGACAACCUAAGAGUGGAGCUUGGUGGAGAACCAGAAGCUUAGAUAGGCGGCCUCACGCUGAAUGGACCCUUUUGGUACUGUUUCUUUUCAGAUACAAAUCGUUGUUGAAUUAUAUGCCUUUGGAAUUUGCUUUGCAUCAAAAUAAAUGGAUUUUGUUGCCUGUUCUGAAAUCUCUAUUUGGCAUUGUGUAAAUCACGUUCUACACUUUGAUUCUUAUAACGAGGUUCUCAAGACUUCUUGCCAUCAAUGAUGGAUAAUGAAUGAUUCAAUAAGUUAUCAUUUUGUGUUA